AUGCCGGAUUCACUCGAAAGUGAGAAAUUCCCAUGGGAUCUGGGUGUCUUCGACGCACAUUGCCAUCCAACUGAUACUUUGGCCACAUUAUGCGAGAUUCCGGAAAUGAAGGCGAGAGUGCUCACGGUUAUGGCAACUCGAGCGCAGGACCAGGAACUUGUGGCAAAAGCAGCGGAUGAGCUGGGUUUCACUGCGGACGAUGUAUCGAGUCUCCCCACUCAUACAGUAGGCGAGCAUAAAGUCCUUCCAGCAUUUGGUUGGCAUCCGUGGUUCUCCCAUCAGAUGUUUGAUGAGGCGGAGUAUGAUGGCUCGAGUUCUCUCAGCCCUGAACAAAAGGUCUCACAUUACCAGAACGUCCUCAAUCCCAAGUCAGAGGAUCUGUCGUUCCUGCAGACUCUUCCUGACCCGAGACCCUUUGGCCAUUUCAUCGGACAGACUAGAGAUUACCUACUCAAGUACCCGCUGGCUCUAGUCGGAGAGGUGGGUCUGGACAAGUCUUUCCGGAUUCCAGAAAACUGGCUACCGGAUGAUAGCUGCCAAUGUGGAGAGCAGAGGGACAACGGCUUAACGCCAGGAGGCCGGGAGGGACGACGACUAAGCCCAUAUCGUGUGAGCAUGGACCACCAGAAGAAAGUGCUGCUUGCGCAAUUGGCUCUCGCUGGCGAGCUWCAGCGCGCUGUCUCGGUCCAUGGAGUCCAAGCGCAUGGUAUCCUGUAUGAGACUCUUGCACAAACUUGGAAGGGACAUGAGAAAAAGAAGGCUUCCAGGAAAGACCGACGGAAAGCAGGCAGUGCACCCUCCACAGAAUCAGACAAUGAACCGGACCAGAUCGGAGCAAAGCCAYACCCUCCACGAAUAUGUCUUCAUUCUUUCUCUGGACCCGCGGAAACAGUAAAGCAGUACACUGCAAGCGCAGUUCCUUGUGAAGUCUUCUUCAGCUUCAGCACCACCAUCAAUGCUUGGGCGGAGCAGGGUGAAGGAAAAGUCGAAGCUGCGCUCAAGAUGGUGCCGGAUGAUAAAGUCCUUGUGGAGAGCGACCUUCAUACUGCUGGACCCCGGAUGGAUGCCUACCUGGAAGAGGGCGUUCGAAAGAUCUGUGAGGUUAAAGGCUGGUCGUUGUACGAAGGCAUUACACAGCUGRCCAAGAACUGGAGACAUUUCGCUUUGGGUAUAAUUGAACCAUGA